AUGACGGUGCUGAAAUUCGUGGUUUUUGCCUUGACCGUAGCCUUGGCCUCUGGCCAAAAUUUUGGAAUGAUGGACGAUUAUAUUUCGGGGCGGCUGGCGCAUCUCCAACGCCAGCUGGAGGCUCAAUAUCAAGUCGCGCAAUAUCAAGCACUAAAUGACCCAUUUUCUGGGUACAGUGACGGCGUCGGCAGAUUCGUUGGCAGCUUGCCAACCGGCGACCUUACGAAAGCCACUGAAUCGUCGGCUGAAUCCCGAGAAAAAGUGAAGCUAGAUAAGUCUCAGGUGCCCCGAUUUAGGCUUGGGCUUGGGCGCAGCUUCUGGAAAAAUCAGCCCGAACUCCAGCCGGCUGCCGUUAUUGAGAAUGGAAAGGUUGACGAUACUCACAAGGCUAAAUUUGAGCAAAAGGAGGUUCAGUUGGAGGAGGAGGAUGAAAGUACACAGCCGGCAUGGAUGAUGGAAAACGGCACACUGACGCAAACCAAUUCCGCCAAGUUUAGUCAGUCCGAUACGUUCUUUGGAACGGACCAGGGAAUGGUGCACGAGCAUCGCACUCAAGUCAAUGAUGAGAAGCCCGAGGCUGAGGUGGAGAUAUUGCCCGCGAAAAAGGAAUCCGAGAAAGUACAGGAGCCUGCCCCGAAAGUCCAGGAGUUCAUGCUCGGAGGCAUGAAAUGCAAGGCGAUCGAGAAGAAUGGGGUCUCCAGCCUCGUCUGCACGUCGAGC